AUGGCCGCUCGUAUGUUCCUGGUUCUCCUGUUGGUGGCUGUCGCCGCACAAGCAAGAGACUAUUGCCAAUUCAAAUGUUAUAACGGACAAGUUAACUUUGGAUGCAACCACUCAGGCCAACCCGCUGGAAGCUGUGUAGGUUUCAAACGCAUGAACUUGGGCGCCGCUGAACAAAAAUUCGUUUUGGAUGAACACAACAACUACAGAAGCAUAGUUGCCAAGGGACAAGCCAAGAACGCCGCUGGACAAAACUUGCCCGCUGCCAAGAACAUGAACGAAUUAGUUUGGGAUGAUGACCUUGCUCAUUUGGCUUACUUGAACGUCUUGCAAUGCAAAAUGAGCCACGACAGCUGCCGUGACACUGGUAAAUAUAAUAAUACCCAUAAAAAAACCCAAAACGGCCAAAACUUGUUCAACUCCUUCACCACCGCUUCUUACUCCGUCGAACAAGUCUUGAAACAAGGUGUCAAAUCCUGGUUCGAUGAAGUCAAGGAUGUCCAAUUGUCCGAAAUCAAUUCUUUCACCGGCGGAAACGGCAAAGUAAUCGGUCACUUCACCCAAGUCGCCUGGGCCAAGUCAACUCGCGUCGGUUGCGCAGUCGUCACAUACAAGCACCAACAAUUCAACUCCUACCUGAUGGCCUGCAACUACGUCAACGGCAACAUGUUGCGCAGCAGCAUCUACGAAGCAGGAAGCAACUGCGCCGGAUGCGGAUCCUGCACCAGCCGUGGAUUGUGCCAACAAUAA